AAAUAAAUAUUCCUCAUGGCAUUUCUUGAAUUGAAGGGAACUGAUUUCUCUAACAUUCUUUCUACCUCAGGUAAAGCUGCUCUUCCUCGCCCUGACUACCAGAUGCCAGAGCCCAACGGAUGCAGCGCCUACUUCCUAGGCCUUCCGGUACCCAAUAGUGUUGAUCUGGGCAUUCCUGCCAUGACUAAGUGCUGCAAUCAGCUGGACAUGUGUUACGACACCUGCGGCUCCAACAAGUACCGCUGCGACUCCAAGUUCCGCUGGUGUCUCCACAGCAUCUGCUCUGACCUCAAGAAGAGCCUGGGCUUCAUGUCAAAGGUUGAAGCCUGUGAGACGGUAGCGGACACCCUGUUCAACACAGUCUGGACUCUGGGCUGCAGGCCCUAUAUAAACAGCCAGAGGGAAGCCUGCCUCUGUGAAGGAGAGGAGAGGGAUGAGCGUUAAAUUAGGGUUACAGACAUACACACACACACUCACGUAUGCAUGCAUACACACACACACAAACACACACGUAUGCAUGCAUACACACACACACAGCUCUCCUAUUCACCAAGUAAUAUGGGAUGAUACGUCACUCCAAAUGACUGCUGGAGAUUCAAAUUGAUUAGGGUUUUUUCAAAAGACUCAUAUUUUGGCUAUUUGUGUAAUUUAUUUGGUGUUUUACUUGGUUUUGUUUAACAGAACAAGUGCUGUAUAUUUGCAACAACUGUUGGGUUUAUUAUUAUUUUUAAAUCUACAAAAAAAUGUGUAAUACAAUACAAUCUUGUAUUUGUCUUCUUGAGUUGUGGAAAAUAUGAGAAUGCCAUGUGCUUCAGACUGCAUCUCUUCCUGAAAACAGGGGAACACAGAACACACACAAAUCUGAAGUUCAAACUAUACACUAACUAUGCAAAUAUACUGUACAUGAAUUUACAAAGAUGAAUGCCAGACAUUAUCUUCUAUUAAAUUCAAAUGUGUUUUAUAUCUCGCCAGAACUUCAUUCAUGAUUCAUUUUUUAAUUGACACAAUUAGGUAGAAAUUAUACAUUACUCCACACUUAGUCCUGAGAUACAAAGAAAGCAGUUUAUUCAGUUAAAUAUAUACAAAAUGAAACAGGAUCUAUAAGCUUGGGAUUGAAAAUAGUUAGACAGUUUCCUGGUUUUUAUAACUAAAACAACCUCCUGGUACUGCCCAUGCCAUAAAAGCAAUCUGAACAUACAGUACACUGAAAAAAACUUCAAUAUGAAUCCUCAGAGGAUAUGGCCAAAAGACAAACCUAUGGUGGUAUUAUUAUACUGAACAAAAAUAUAAUAGCAACAUGCAACAAUUCCUAUGUUUUUACUGGGUUAGAGUUCAUAUAAGGAAAUAAGUUCAUUAGGCACUCAUUUAUGGAUUUCACAUGACUGGGCAGAGGUGUAGCCAUGGUUGGGCCUUGGAGGGCAUAGGCCCACCCACUUGGCAGCCAGAGCCACCCACCACCAGGCUCAGCCAAUCAGAAAUAUUUUUUUCCCCCACAAAAGGGCUUCACUACAGACAGAAACGCUCCACAGCACCCCCCACGUGGUCUGCGGUUGUGAGGCCGGUUGUACGUACUGACAAUUUCUCUAAAACGACGGAGAUGGUAGAGAAAUCAACAUUAAAUUAUCUGGCAAGAGCUCUGGUGGAUAUUCCUGCAGUCAGCAUUCUCCCUCAAAACUUGAGACAUCUGCGACAUUGUGUUGUGUGACAAAAGUGUCCGUUUAUUGUCCCCUGCACAAGGUGCACCUGUGUAAUGAUCAUGCUGUUUAAUCAGCUUCUUUAUGACACAACUGUCAGGUGGAUGGAUUAUCUUGGCAAAGGAGAAAAGCUCACUAACAGGGGAUGUAAACAAAUGUGUGCAUAUGGAACAUUUCCUGGAUUUCUUUUUUCUUCAGCACUUCACAUGUUUUCCUGUCCUGCUAGGUAUUCAAAAUGUAAUGAGUACAUUUUGGUGUCAGGGAAAUUGUAUUGAGUAAAAAGUACAUUAUUUUCUUUACGAAUGUAGCAAAGUAAAAGUAAAA